GCUUUGUGGCCUUGCUCCUCAUCUCUUUCCACAUCUGUUCAGACUGGUGAUCAGGGCCACUGAUAGCAGUCAGACACAGAGGCGAGCUGCACGCUCAAAGAUCCCACAACGGAUCGUUCGUCGAGAUUACCUCUGCAGCAUCACGGCUAGCGCAUCCUCUUCGCGCCCUCAUCGACGAGGCUAGACGAGCAUACAAGGAAGGACAUGGACGGCCACGCCGAAUCAUCACAGUCAACGCAGCAGUCCAACAGACGGCUGCCUCCUUUUCUGACACAAGGAGAUAUAGCUCUACAUCAGUCUCCCGGCAUACCCCCAUACCUGAAUAGCCCUUUCGCGAGGUCAGCCUCGGGGCCUCAAAUCGACUUCCACGCCAAGCCGCGAUACGCUGGGCCGAGGAUGCCAUCCGGUGACGCGCUGAAGCGCAAGUCCAUGUCGUCUUCUGAGAUUGGAGCCAUCCAGCGAGCAAAUCAAAGUCAUGGUUCCAAGGUCUCCGAGAUGGUCGCCAGGUUUGAUGCCUCCGGCAGCCAGCCAGCCAGAUCGCUGAGCCAAAAUGCCAAUAGACCGCCGUCUCUCAUACCGUCGCAGGGUGCCAGCCGAAAGCUAUCGUACAGUCAGGGGCAGCAGCGAUCGCACUCUCAAAAGCACGCCCAACAACGCUCAGUGUCCCAGACGGGUCCGUUGAACUUCACGACCACGCCGCCGAGUCAGCCCUCCAAAAGACAACCUCUCCCGGCCAGCUCGACCCACAGCGACCCAUUGCGUACUCAUGUACCAUCAAGCCCAAACUUGAACAAUCACCAUCGUAUCGACUCGCAGCAACAACGCCAUCGUGUGCCAUCGCAGAGCGGCUCUCAGCCUCUUCGGCUGCAUGCCAAUGGUCGCCCUUCAAUCGACGGUGCUGUGCGCACGCCGUCCUCCAGCAGCAGCCAGCGGCUCCCACCUCGGGCUCCUUCGCCCGCUCUCAGCGGUCCAGCCACUCCCAGCCCGCAGAAGCGGCCGCGCACCUCCUUGACGAGCGCAAGCCAGCCGGAGGGGACAGUAGCUGGACCCUCACGAUCGCGCACGCAGAGCGGCGUUGGAACAACUCCAAUUCAGCCACCACCUUCGUCCAUGAAGCCAUCGUAUUCUGGCGGCAACAUCACUCCCAAGGCACGCCAAGCAGCCACCUUUCAAAGCCCGGCAAGCGCUCGUAGCGGGCCAGAGUCACCCGACCCUCUGAACCUCAUCUCACCAGCCAAGGCUGCUAAGCGCCACCGCAGGGAGAUGAGCCCAACUUUGGGCAGAGCUGGCUCGCAAGCCGCUUCCUCGCAGUCACGCUCUCAGUCGGGCCUGGAGAUCGCCAUGGGUGACUCGCUCCGAACUACGCAGAUUAAACGCAGAGCAGAGGCUAUGAGCGAGUCGGAGCACGAGCAGGAGAUGGAAGCAUCAUCGUCGUCCGCCUCGCAAGAUCUUCGCGCGUCUAAGAUGCUGCGCAAGAAGCGCAGCAAAGGAGAGCAGCGAAAGCAUGGCAGAGUGAGUACUGAUGGACCAUCGCCGAUCAAGGCGACAAACUUCUAUGCGUCUUCAUCCGCAAAGAGUCCCAUCGGCGGCGGUCGCAAGCUAAACUUGGCCAUAGCAGACGACAGCCCAGUCGGAAGCGCUACGGAGGCAGAGGCUGUUCUGUCCACGUCAUCGCCCACUGCACUUGUCGUCGACGAGGAGCAUGAGCGAGGUUCGAGCAAGUCAGGCAAGAAGACAAAGACGAAGCCGAAGAAGGAAGUGAGCCCAAAGAAGCAGCAAAAGGAUCGCGUUCAGCAUUGCGCCACGACCUUCACCUCAAGCUUGCGCCUGGCUUUGCCUGCGGGGUACGAGUCGGACUCGCUUGAGGAGUGGGAGCGAGAGGCAGACGAGGUCAGGGACGAUCGCAGCGAUGAUGACGACGGUUUCAGCUUCCUCAUGGAGCGCAGAAAGAGCCAACAGCCCGAGGCGCUGCAAACGCCCAAUGCAGCCGGAGUGGCCGCAGCUCCGAAGCCAAGAUUGAGCACGAGCAUCAUCAAAAAUGCCAGCAGGGCCCCGCCCAUUCGCCGUCUGCUCGAUUUCAUUGAAGAUCUCUUUGAGGCGGAGGCUUCCCUGCCUGACCGGGACGGAGAGGGUGAAGAGCUGCAAUCACCGGCCGAAGACUUUUUUGUGCUCGUCGACGGCAUCGCAGUCAUUAAGCCCUCAAAGCUCCAGCAUCUCAGUCGCCUCAUCCGCAUCUGCGCAUCGAACGGUUCAAUUGCACGCAAGGCGGCUGCAGCGCCUCAAAGCAUCGCUGCUCAAGGCGAAGAAGAGGGUCAAGCUCCGCGUGCAGAGCCCUCGAGCAUCGUGGACAUCGAAACAUCCGAGCUACAAAAAUUGACACGCAUCCUGAGCCAGACUCUCAAGGUCGGCGAAGGCGUCAACCCUUUUCCCUCUUCCCUCGGCAUCGAAGCCCAUACUCCAAGCCCGAAGAAGCCCGACCUUCGCCGACGUCGAUCUCAGAGCAGUAACAGUGCAACGACGCCUUCACGAGCCCGUCGUGUCCGUAGUCAGGACGAAGAAGAUGAGCAAAUGGACGAAGAUGAAGGGGAGCAAGAGGAUGGAGCUGAAGAAGACGAGGUACACAGCGACGCCGAGCGAGAAGAUGAGGUCAAUGAUCUGCCCUCCAAGCGCAAACCCGGGCGACCAAAGAGUAAGGGCAAGCACAAAGCGUCCAUCAACGCCUCGAGCGCGCCCACUAAUACGCAACAAGAGCACGAGCAGAUGGGCGAGCAGCUCUCACGAGUGGCGACGAGCUUGAUGGGCGUCGAGUGCACUCUUUCGCUCCUCACUGUUGACCACAUUGACCGCAACCUCAUUUCAGAAGACCUCGUCCGGCCAUGCUUCGACCUCUUGCGCUCUGCCCUGGAACAAGCAGUCUACCCCUUCGUAGAGGCUUGCGCCAACAUUGGAUCGAUUUCUUCGAAUCCUCUCCUUGAGGCUCUCGUCGAGGCCGUGGCACCAAGCACCAAGGCAAAGCGAGGUCGCCCGUCCAAGAAGAACCCACAGUCGUCCACAGCGGAGCAGUCAUCCGACCCAAGUGGCAUCUUUCGUGGCUGUGGCGAGUACCUGGCCAGUAUCUUUCGUCAGAGCUGCUCAGCCAUGGCACAUGCCCAAAAGCUGGUCCAGAAGCCCUCGAUCUCCCUCUCCGAGUCUAUCAUUCUCGGUGCAAUCUACGCAGGCAUGGGACCCUUCUUCGCAAUCGAGCCCGAUAUGCUCACCGGGACGUCUGAGGCAGCCAAGGCCAACGCUCGAGGCCGUAAGGCGAUGGAGACGCUGGCGCCAGGCAUGACGGGCGGUGUAGCCAUGAAAUCGCUGCGUCUUCCUGCUCUCAAUUUGUUGCGCAAUGUCUUUGCACGCCAUCCGGAUCAGCGACAAUGGAUCAUAGAAGAGCUCCUCACUUCGCUCACCAGAUUGCCGGACAUGAAGAAGAAUCGUCGUCACCACAGCCUGCGGAAUGGCAAGUCCAUCAAUUCCAUCACUGCCCUGCUUCUUCAGCUUGUGCAGACCACGGCCGACGGCGACCGUGUGUCGCCUUCAAAAGAUGGCAGUGCAGUAGGGGCCGAUGCUGCCCUCGAGGUGGCAAUGGCAGCAAGGCAGCGCGAAGAAGAGGCUGCCCACGAGGCGGAAGAGGAGGAGACAAGAAGCUCUCCUUCUGGUUCGUCGGCGGCUCGCAGCGACUACGAUCUGGCAUUCUCGCGCAAGGCGCUCGAGGGUCCAAUGCAGGCUUCCAGGGCGAUCGCAACGUUCCUCAUGGGCAAAGUUUCUCAAGCUAAGGUUGUCAAGAGCUCAACCGACUUCAGCUACGCUUCGGUCAUCGAGAACCUCGUGAGCGACCUGCUUACGACGGUCUUCCUUCCCGAGUGGCCUGCCUCGAUCUUGCUUCUUUCGAGUUUCUGCCGUAGUUUCAGUAACGCGCUCGAGGACAGCAAGACUUCCCCCGAUGCUCGUGGACUGGCGCUCGAGCACACAGGUACGAUCGCUGCUCACCUGCGCGGCAGCCAGCUCAAGGUCGACACGCUCCGCCCAACACUCCAGAGCCAGGCUCACGGUGCUCGCGCCACGCCGCACUCCCUGUCGCUACUCGAGCGAGAGCGCGACUCUGGAGGUCUCGGAGAUCUGAACGAUGCCUACCUCUCUGUGCUCAAUCACCUCCUCGCCGCCGAGAUUGACGACCAAGCCAGCCUGAGCGCGAGUCACUUCCUCGUCUCGCAGUGGGGCAGCGAGCUCUCCGCCUCGCUCGUCCGCACCUCUGCAACAUUAGACAUCGCUCGCGAAGCUCAGGACGAGGAUGCUCGAGCGGAAGUUCCUAUCAUUGAGCUCUUCCUCUCCGAAUUGCACCAGGCGCUGCUCCUCGUCUCCAAGCACGCAGCCAAGCUCAAGGAGAGCAACGCUGCGCAUGUCUUCGACGCAAGGUCUGCGGACAGCUACGAUACGGUCGCGGCCAUCUCAGAGCAGCUCGUCCACACGACGUCCUUUGCUGUCACCUUUGACUUCAUGCGCGAGCUGCUCGUCAGCUCACUGGACAGCCCAGUUGUUGGCAAUCGCACCAAAGCACUGCGCGGGCUCAGUGCCAUCUAUGCGGUCGACUCGAGCCUGCUCAGCGAGAUGUACGUACGCGAAGCCGUUGAGACGCGCCUUUCAGACGAGAGCACCGGCGUUCGAGAGGCGGCCGUGAGCAUCUUGUCCAAGUACCUGCUCGGCCAGCCGGACGACAUCGAGGACAUCUAUGAGAGGCUGCGCGAGCGUAUCUACGAUGCUGGCUUGGCGGUGAGGAAGCGUACGCUCAAGCUGCUGGCCAACAUUUACCGGACGCUCGAAUCCGAGGGAAUGCGGGUAGAUGCAUGUGUCAGAAUGGUGCGCUGUGUCAGUGACGAGGAUGUUGGGAUUCAGGACAUUGCCGUGCAGACCUUGAGCGACAUUUGGCUCCGUGUUGGCGAGGAGACAUCAGCACAACAAGAGAACGAGGCGAUGAGCCCCGCUCGUCGUCACAAGGUCGGCGACCAGGAUGGCACCAACGCCAAGCGGCGCUCGGCGUCCAAGGAUGCAGAGAUGAGCGACCGAGAUGCCUCAGUCGACGAUGUCGUCUCCAUCAUUGUUAGCGUCACCGGGGCUAUUCGAGAGAGGCCAUCGCCCUUGGAGGAGGUUUUCCGCCGCAUUGGCAAGGAUCGCUCGGACGCCGAGAUGAAGCAGAUCGUCGAUCGUCUGCGUCUCAUCAGCGAUUCAAUCAUCGCCGCGCUCGAUGAAGACGCCGAAGGGACGGACGGAGCCACCGGCGUCGACUCUACCCUGACUCUCAUCCGCAUCCGCACCGUCUACCUCGUUGUCUCAACCAACCCGGCCGUUCUCUCCAUCAGCAAGGCAAAAGCGCUCCUACCUCACCUUAAGAGCAAUCCAAACACGGCCGAGGAAGGGCUCGUAUUCGAGCUCCUCCUCAAAAUCUUCCGCGUCAGCCUUCCACUCAUGCCAAAGACGGCUCUCGCUUUCGCCAACCAGCUCGAGUCAACCAUUCGUCCCUGGCUCAACAACCCUCCUCGUCAGAUGGCCGCCCUUCAAGAGCUCAUCGCCUGCUACACGACCAUCGUACGCUCACACACGGAGAACUAUGCUCUGCUCAUCAAGACUUUCGGCGCACUCCUUCGUGCUUUGCGCUCCGUGGCCAACAAGCUCCUUCAGCAGUCCAACGCCCCCUUGGAUUGGAAAGCGCGCAUGAUCAUGAGCGAGACGGCUCUGCUGUGUGAGAAAGCAGACUUUGACUCGCUACGCAAGGAGAAGCCAGCUCUGGCUGAGGAGAUUGACGCGGCUGUGGGUGACAAUUCGAAGGCGAUCAGCGAGGUCGUAUACCAGAUGCUGCUCAGCAUCCGAGACAGCAGUCCCGUGUACGCACCACACGCUCUGCGAGACGUCGGCUUCCUCUUCAGAGGCUCGCCACUGCUCAUGAUCCAGGACGACGGCAUGCAGGUGAUGGAUGCCAUCUUCGGUGCCAAGAUGCCCAGUGAGACGGAGAUGCUUUUGCGUAUUAUCCUCGAUUUCCUGACGGUUGAUAGCGAGAAGCGAGCACCUGAGCGAGCAGCUGCUGAGGCUGCCGUUGCGGCUAGUGCGGCCGCCACGGGGCGUCGAUCGAAGGGUCGAAACUCUGAGGCCUCCAAAGGGAUCAACAUUAAGGAGCUCGUAGGCACGACGGAGACAUAUGCCGACUCUGGCGUCAGCUCGGUACUCGUGCAGCGCUACCUUGAGCCAAUUCUCGAGUCAGCGCGUGCCGUGCGUAGCCCAUCUGUGCAGCGCCCGGCCUUCGAUAUCCUCAAAUUCGUCGUCAACCAGGGCCUCACCCACCCCUUGCAAUGCGUUCCAACCCUCAUCGCGCUCGAGACUCAUGAAGACCGUCUUCUCGCCUCACGCGCCGUUCAGCUUCACGAGCACCUUGCUUCCAAACACGCCUCCCUCCUCGCGUCGCGGUAUUCGGAGCUCAUCCGCACCUCCUUCGACUUUCAAGUUCAGCUGUUCAAGGACAAUCUCCAGGAGCUUAGGGGAUAUCGCAUCGAUGCCGCCACGGGAUAUCCUGUCGCGCUGCUUCAGUCGUGGUAUUCGCUGCUCAGGGACAAGAGGCAGACGAGGUUGGACUUUAUCAAGGCGAUGUGCAAGUUGUUGGAUGUGGAUACGAGCAAGGGGGAGUGCGAGGAUGCCAAGGUGCUAUUAGCCAGAUACGUCGCUGAUGGUUUGGCUACGUUGGACUAUAAGACCACCGAGGAGGUGCUGGUCAUCGCCGCAGAGACGAAGAAAAUCUUGGCGGUGACUGGCGCGCAGGUCAAGUUCUUCGCCGAGACGUUCUUGAGCGAGAGUGAGACUGGGAUGAGUGGGGCAGGCAGUGAUGAGGAGGAGGAACAGGUGGACAGUGAGAUGGAAGAGGACGAGUCCGAGGAGGAGAGUCCUCGUAAGCAACGAGGCAAGGCACGCAGUCGCAAACGCAACAAGAGCGCGUCGAUGGACAUAGACGACACCAACUCGGAGGCCAGGCCCCGCAAGCAGCGAGGCAACUCCAAGUCCAAGUCGACCAGCAAAGACGUCCGCCCAAGCGGCCCUUCCUGCGUCGCCCGCAUGAGUAUUGUAAUGGGCACAGCUCUCCUCUUGCGCAACCAUCUCAAGUCUCUGUACGGUCUCUCGGAGGAGCGCUGCAACAAGUACUCGGCUUCAGGCGGCAAGAAGCGCCAAUCCACCACCGGGGCUGGAGCGGACCGACCUCCUACGCGCAAAGAUCCGAUGGGCAGGCCACUCAGCUUCGAUGAGAUGCCCCUCGCAUUCGAUUCGAUGGCUUCGAGGUCGGUGGCAUUGCAGCAGCUGGAGACGUAUGAAGAUAUGGUGGAUGACGAGGGAGCACGGGGGGAUGAUCCGGACGAUUGGGAGGAGUAAAAGGAGCGAGAUGAGGGAUGGAGACGACGCAUACACGACCUCAGCAGCAGUUACCCGCGACGGGCUUUCCGUAGACCUGUUCAUCAUCAGCAUUUCAGCAUGUGACCUACCACACACUUCAAUUGAUCCGAUUUCAUUCCAGAGCUGUUUGGCGAUGAGUGAUCCUUGAGUCAUUGCCAC